AUGGCCGGAAACAUCCUUGAUUCAGUAACGAGCAUGGUGUUCAUGAUCGUCUCACCUGAAACAGUCGUGGUCUUGCCUCCGCGGAUCACAGACGCGUUUCUCUCGGGUUGCAGCAGCACCAAAAGUUUCUUCGUUUUUCGAAUAACAGAGGAGAACUUGACAACUACUCGAGGAUAUUCAUACGUCAGAAGCACCAGCGUCGCAGGUUCUUCGCUUAUCUUCGAAAUAGCCAUGUAUCGAAACCUGCUGUGGACCUGUCUGAGCUGCCUCUGCUUUCUCGAGCUCAUCGCGGCCAAUGCUCCGGUAGUUAAGAUAAAAAAUGGGACCUUGUCGGGGCUAACUAUGAAAACUAGACGGGGCAGGGAGUUCAUCGGAUUCCGCGGAAUUCCGUACGCGCUGCCACCCCUUAAGAAGCUCAGAUUUGAGGCACCGCAGCCAGCAGCAGCCUGGGACGGAGUGCUAGAAGCUAAGGAGGACGCCAACAUUUGCACGCAAAGAAAUAUCUACACUCAUCAAGAAGAAAUCGUCGGUGACGAGGAUUGUCUCUACUUAAACGUUUACACACCAAAAUUACCCAAGGAAAGCGAUAAACUGAAGGCUGGAUUUCCGGUUAUGAUUUGGCUCCAUGGCUGUGGUUGGAUCUGCGGUGCUGGUCACUCGGAAUUCUAUAAUCCUAAAUUUCUAUUGGAUCACGACGUGAUCCUCGUCACCGUGAAUUACAGACUCGGACCCUUGGGAUUUUUGAGCACGGAGGAUACAGUGUGUCCAGGAAAUAAUGGAUUGAAGGACCAAGCACUCUCCAUUCGAUGGGUACAUGAAAAUAUCGCCGCCUUCGGUGGUGACCCGAAUUUGGUGACUAUCUUUGGAGAAAGUGCUGGUGGUGCCAGUGUCCAUUAUCACAUGAUGAGCGAUUUGACGAAAGGACUUUUCCAACGCGCGAUUUCGCAAAGCGGUAACGGCCAUUGCCCUUGGGCCUUCGGCAGGCCGGGUUCGGCAAAGAAGAAGGCCACCAAGGUGGCUGAGCUCCUAGGUUGUCCUUCCAAAGAUUCGAAAAAACUCAUCGACUGUCUACGGUCGAAGGACGCCAUAGAUAUUAUCGGCACCGACCGCGCGUUCCAGGUGUUCGGUUACUGCCCGAUGAUACCGUUCAGACCGAUAGUUGAACCUGUUCAUCCUGGCGCUUUCUUAACUGAAGAUCCCGCGGUUUUAUCGAAGCAAGGCCGCUUAGCGGACAUACCAUGGAUGACGGGAGUUACGUCCGAGGAAGGAUCUAUCAUAGUACCGGGAUUGUAUGCACUGGAUCAUGGAAAAUUGAUAAAAAAAUUGAACAAGGACUUCUCUAACAUUGCUCCAAUAACGUUACUGUUCGGGGAGACGUGCCCGAAAGACGAGGAGAAACGCGUGGCCACCGAAAUACGGAAAUUUUAUUUCGGCGAUGCUCCGCUCGAUAAUUCCACGCGAUUCAAAGUCAUCGACAUGUACAGCGAUGCUUGGUUCACUCACGCGGCUUACACUUCCGUGCGUAACUACCUCGAGAAGCAGUCGGCGCCUGUGUAUUACUAUUACCUCGCGUACCGUGGAACCGCAUCUUUCAGUAUGAUAUUCGGCGAUCCUGAUAACGACUACGGCGUGUCACACGCGGAUGAACUCCAGUAUCUGUUCCCAGUCGGAGAACAAUUGUUCAAGGAGAAACCAUUGAGCAAGCAGGACCACCAAAUGGUCGACACCAUUACGAAUCUUUGGUACAAUUUUGCGAAAACUGGUAACCCUACGCCAGAGGUAUCGGACAAGAUACCCAUUAAAUGGAAACCUGUAAGAACCGAAGCUCUCGAGUACCUUCACAUAGGACAGGAUCAAAUCCGAAUGUCGGAGAAUCUCCUGAUGGAGAGGAUGAACUUCUGGGAAAGUUUACCGAUACGACCGGAUUUGGACGACGGCAAGCCGCGCAAAAGGAAAGACGAACUGUAAAAAAUACUUCGAAACAGACUUUACGACUAUCGCGCAUGUAGUCGUAAAGUUUAACGCGCAACAGCCGCGAGACGGCAUAAACUGUAUAUCUCCGUCCUCGAAUACCACACGUUCACUUAUGUUAAAUUUCAAAAAUCACACGCCCACACGCACACAUUAUUUCAUGACGCGAAAAGUUAAAAGUCCGUGCACAGCGUUGUUAAACUCCGUUCAGACGAACAUGCUGUGUACAUAUUAUAUCAAACAUUAAAAUAGUUUAUUCAAGGAAACGACGUUACAUCGUCCCUAUUUUAUCUUUUUGCUCUUUUUCACUUUGCCCUUUUUCUCUUUAUCACUUUUCAAUUUGCUCUUAGAAAAUUUUAUUGCAGAAACGUAAGGUGGUGCCAGUAAUAAUUCCAUCGGUGGUGGCGACAAUCGCACUACCAUGCAAGCUAUAGAAUAAUUUCUUGGGUGACAGCUUUCAAACACGUGAAACCUGUUCUUUCUUGAACCUAAUUCUUGAUACGGUAAUUCGUAAACUAUACUGAAAUUGAGUCUCUCGCCUGUAAGCGCAAGAAAUCUACGAAUUACCCUAAAUACAAUUCGAAUAUUGUGCAGUCGAAUGUGAAACGUACCAAUUGUCUGAGCAGCGUUAGUAGUGAAUUGCCCGACACAAGUCGACGCGAAGUAACUAGCUCGUGUAACGCAAGAUCGCAAUAACGCGGUGCCAAUGCCAUUACUUUGAUGAUCAGACUUUACGCAGAUAACAUCGAUGCACACGGCGCUUUCCGAACCUAUUCCGUAAUACUGAGAUUUGGUAGUAACCAAAUUUUUCAGCUUCAUUAUUUGACGUAAAGUCUCUCCUUGCUACAAACGGAGGACGUCUAAUCGUAAUUUCGUACUAAUUUCAAGAUUAUUUUGUAAAACUGAACGGUGUAUUCAUGUGAGAGCUUCGGAAACGAAGAGAAUAAAAAUUGCACAUGUCGAG